CGAGCGGCGGAGGCCGGCCAGGCAGCGGCCAUGGACCGGUUCGUGUGGACCAGCGGCCUCCUGGAGAUCAACGAGACGCUGGUGAUCCAGCAGCGCGGGGUGCGCAUCUACGACGGCGAGGAGAAGAUCAAAUUUGAUGCAGGGACCCUUCUUCUUAGUACACACCGACUAAUUUGGAGAGAUCAGAAAAAUCAUGAAUACUGCAUGGCCAUUCCUCUUUCCCAGAUUGUGUUCAUUGAAGAACAGGCAGCUGGAAUUGGGAAAAGUGCCAAAAUAGUGGUUCAUCUUCACCCAGCUCCUGCUAACAAAGAACCUGGUCCAUUCCAGAGUAGUAAGAACUCCUACAUCAAACUCUCUUUCAAAGAACAUGGCCAGAUUGAGUUUUACAGGCGCUUGUCAGAGGAAAUGACACAGAGAAGAUGGGAGAAUAUACCGGUUUCCCAGUCAUUACAACCAAAUAGAGGACCCCAGCCAGGAAGAAUAAGGGCUGUAGGAAUUGUAGGUAUUGAAAGGAAACUGGAAGAAAAAAGAAAAGAAACUGACAAAAACAUUUCUGAGGCCUUUGAGGACCUCAGCAAGCUCAUGGUCAAGGCUAAGGAAAUGGUGGAGUUAUCAAAAUCAAUUGCUAAUAAGAUUAAAGACAAGCAAGGUGAUAUCACAGAAGAUGAGACCAUCAAAUUUAAAUCUUAUUUGCUGAGCAUGGGGAUAGCAAACCCAGUUACCAGGGAAACCUACGGCUCUGGCACACAGUACCACAUGCAGCUGGCCAAACAACUGGUUGGAAUAUUGCAGGCACCUUUAGAGGAACGAGGAGGAAUAAUGUCACUCACUGAGGUAUACUGUUUAGUAAACCGAGCUCGAGGAAUGGAGUUGCUCUCACCAGAAGAUUUAGUGAAUGCAUGCAGGAUGCUGGAGGCACUGAAAUUACCACUCAGGCUCCGAGUUUUUGACAGUGGUGUCAUGGUAAUUGAGCUCCAGUCCCACAAGGAAGAGGAAAUGGUGGCCUCAGCCUUGGAGACAGUUUCAGAAAAGGGAUCCCUAACAUCUGAAGAGUUUGCCAAACUGGUGGGAAUGUCUGUCCUACUGGCUAAAGAAAGGUUGCUUCUUGCAGAGAAGAUGGGGCAUCUUUGCCGAGAUGAUUCAGUGGAAGGCUUGCGGUUUUACCCAAAUUUAUUUAUGACGCAGAGCUAAGGGCUUUGUAUUGGAAAUACUUCUUAUCCAUAUACUUGCAUCAUGUAGGGCUUGUAUGAUAUUGAGCUAAGAGUAAACCUUGAAAGACUGAGAACUUAGUGGGCUCUUGCAGUAUAAUAUAAAGCCCUUUUCACUCCUCCCUAAGUAUUGGAGUCCAGGAAGCUUAUUUAGGGUAAAUAUAGGAAAAUACAGAAAAACAAAUGCCUACAUGAAUUUGAAAUUGUGCUAUAGCUGCAUAGGAUCUUCAGAGUGUAGCUUAAAAUAUGGAGGAUUUUAAGUGGACCCUCAAAUCUGACCUUUUUUUUUUUUUAAAAAAAGAAGCAUAUUUAGUUCAUAGGGGAAGAAAAAGAGAAGUUGCAUGAUUGGACAGGUUAGAUCAUUAUCUUCAUAUGAUCAAAAUUCACAGAAUUAUAAAUGAAGUUUAAUAAAUGUCCAUUUCAGAGGGUUUUCAUGAAAUAAGUCAUACCUACAGUGUAGCUUAAGAACCUGACAACGUUGGAAUAAAAUAUCAAACUACAGAAUGCCAUAGGAAGUUCCCCCAAAGGGAGCAGUUAUCAACAUGUCUUCAACAAACCAAAUAAAGCUCCUUAGAAAGGGAGAAUUUUAUUUGACUUACAUAAAUAUAACAUGAUAGUCUUUCUUAUUUUUGUUUUUAGUGAUGAUUUCAUGACUAGCACUUAAAGAAUGCAAUUAUGUCAUUUUGUUUAAAAAAAUGCUGUGGAUUUGGAACCUGAAUUACAGAGCUGUAUAGACAUGCACAGAAAUAUGAUUGCAAAUUUGGGAAGUAGAUCGCUCAGGAAUUCCCAAGAAUUAUUAUCAGAUGGAGGGGCAAGGAGAACCUUUCACUGACUUAACAGGAAUCUUGGUGCUCUUUUACCUCAAAGCCAAGGACAGGAAAACAGAAAGUGAAAAUACAAUAUGUCUCCUUUUCUUUCCAUUUAGGAGUUUCAAAAGUAAACUUUAAAAAAUUCUAUCAUAUUCCAGCUAUAUUUUCUUCUUUGCCCCACACAUUAAUAAAUUGUGUGGAGAAACUGUCUUGGUGAACAGUAUUUCUGAGAUAACAGAAACUGGCUAAUGUUGAAUUUAGAUUGCUUGAGUUUAAUCAUGGCCUGAUUUCAUCUGUUACUGCUAGACAGCAUACAGUCUGUUGGCAUUACCUCACACUCAGGGACCCCACAGGUUCAGAAGGAGACUCCCUUUCUGAGACUGAGUUGGAAGUGGAAGGUAGUGAUGGGUUUUGGCCAAGCCUCCAGAAGGGAUAAUAUCUAUGUUAAGAGAACCAUUUGGACCAGGAGGAAAGGAUACCCAGGUUCACAGUUGGGAUUCCUAAGACAUUCUGAGUGUUGUGCCAAAGGCUACUACAAUGUCCUUUGGGGAAGUUGCAGACCCAGGGAAGUUGCAGACCCAUUGCAGACCCUCCAAGUGUCAGUUCCACAUCUAGUCCCACAUCCUGCCUACAAAGUCGUUGUCACUGCUUGUAUCCCCCAGUACUGUGACUGAGGCAUCCUGUCUUGGUCCUGUUUUUCAAACCUGAAACUGAUUCUACCUUAUGAUGAGAGGACUCUUAAUUCCCCAACUGCCCAGCCUCGGGUUUGUUUGGGGGGUAAAGUUAGUGUCUGUGUGCCCAAAACCACGGUGUAAGAUUAACUAUAUGUGACUCCUCUCUCUAGGUUGUAUUUACUCUCCUGAGUUUGCUCUAGAGUAUGCGUGUGCAUGUGCACACACACACACACAGAGUUAUCUCAUCUGGCUAAGGUUUAUAAAAAUCACAAACAUCAAUAAUCUAUUUUACCAUUUGGAAUAAGCUGCAAUUGAAAUUGUUGAACUAGUUUAUCUAGCUCUAAUGAUUUGGAUUAUAGCAAACUCCCAUCAUUCAAGAUACUUAUUUACAUUAGAGUGACAACAGAUUAACAAAAACAGAGCAAUCUGAAUUGCAUAAAGUGAAUUAAAAAGGAAUAAAAGUGACAUGAAUAUAUUUUGCAAAUGUCACAUUAAUUAGAAACAAAUAUGAUUGAUUUUACCAAUUUUUUGUUUUAAUGGGUCUUAAUAGUUUUCCUGACCUCUGUAUGUAUAUUUUUAUCUUUUUGUUGUUGUUGCCAAAUAAGGUUUUAUCUUGGUCCUCUAUUGGUAGAGGUUAUGUUUAAAUACAACCAAUGAGGCCCUAAGUGCAAAAAAGUUCUGCGUUGGUGCUUAUCACUGGUAUAAUUAUUUUUUUUUGUUUUCCUAACUUUGCUCUUGGGAGCAUAAAUCUGUAGUUUUUUGUUAAUGGAAUAUUUCUAGUUAUAUACUGUCAAAAUUUUUUUACAUUGUACAAGUGAGACUGUUUACACGGUUAAAUGAUUGUCAUUAAUGUAUAUAGGGUAAAAUUUCUGCAAAAUUUAAAAAUGUUUUUUCUUGGUGUUCUUUUUAAAUACUGUUUGAAAAAUAUGUGAAAAUGAUAAGCCUUUAGUCAGAAUAAGCCAGUAUGUUAAGAUUUUUUCUUUUAAAUUUUAUAAUCAAGAGUUGAUUAUAAAUAUUAUAACCUCAGGCUCUUAGAGUUUUGGUUGUUUUAAAAGAAUGGCAAUGGCUCAUGAACUGUUUUUAAGAAAAUUCUUGAUGUGAAUUCCACUGGUGUUGACUGUAUGUGUUCAUGUGAAUGUAUUAUCUCUUGUUCCCUGUUAUCAGACUAAUCUGACCAGAUGUGGAUUCAUCAUGUCAUUCUCAUGCUCAAGUAAUUUAAAUGGUUCUCCUUUGCCCACAAUCUCAGAUUUUCAUUUUGGUUCAGUAGAGUUACAAUUUAUAAGGUACUUAGAUUUUAAGGACUGUGCCUAAAGGAUAAAAUCAAGCAUGCUCAAUAUGAUCCUCAAAAUCUCCUAAAUUGCCAAUAAAGUACUCUACAUAGUCUAUGAUUAGAAUCCCUAUUGAUUGACACAUGGAUAUAAAUAUUUUAUGAAUAUAGUAAGUGUAAUAUAUAAAAACUACAUAUCAACAAUAGAUUUUUUGAAAACCUACUGGAUUAUAGCAAACUAUUAUUAAACUAUGUAAGUGAAAUUGUCUUUUUUUUUUUUUUUUGCCAACAGCUAUGGUUGAAUUUAUGUAAAUUUAUUGCUAAUACUAUCCCUCAUGAUAGAUUUAGAAUGUAAACUCUACAAGGGUAAUUUUUAUCUUGUUUGUUCCUGGAUAUAUCCUCAGAGCCUACAACAGUAUGCAGUAUGCAGUAGUAAAUAUUUACUGGAUGAAUGAAUGCCAAUGUACAUGCCUAUUUAUAUGUGACUACUUCAUCCUGCUUUAUGCUCAUUCAAUUCAAUUUUAAAAUAAGACGCUUUUUAAAAUUCAAUUCAAUUUUUAAAAAAGACAUUUAUUGACUAUGGUGAGAAAUUUUGUAGGUCACAGGGCAUGGGGGGAAGUGCAAAUGCGUAAGAUAUAAUCUCUGCCUUUAAGAAGGUGGCCUAUUGAGGAACUAGACAUAUGAACUACCCCAAGUGAAGAUGGAAUGAAAGGUGUGCUAUGGAAGUGGCAUAAGUGCCGUGCUGGGGAAAGCACACGGUGGAGCCUUUUGUUCUGAGGGAGGGCCUGGGAAGGCCUGGAAGAGGAAGAGCUGGGAAACCAGGCUCAGAAGGACCAGUAGGAAGAAGGCACUGGGUCAGGGGAGCAGUGUGCUGUGUGCCCCUUCCUGUUGCUGGGAGACAUUUUCCUUGUCCAGAUUUCCUUUCAGUACUUCCUACUCAUCCAGCCCACCCCCAAAACCAAAAUCGUACUUUGUUCAAGAUUUAGAAAAAUUUGUUUCUAGUACACAAUUCUAUUUUUUCUAAACUCCCUAGGAGUUAUUGUCUCAUAUAUUUGACCGUAGUUUGUCUUAUUCUCUAAAUGUUUUCUUGAGGCAAUAAGGAAAUAGAAAAAUUGGGUUUCUUUAAGUUCAAGGACUCAUAAAACACUUUUGAAUUCCCAAUGGCCUAGGUCAGUGAUUGUACAUGAUACAUUCCUUGUUAAAAUUAAUUGAAUUGAGUAAUUUCUGGAUUAUAAUGUGUCAUAAAUUGACUUGCCAACUUAAACGUGUCCUUCCAAAGAGCCCUUCCAAAGGGCUUAGCCUGUCUGAGAUCUGCUCUGUUUUAUAUAAAUUCCAAAACAUGGGCCAUAUCCAUGAUGUGGGAAGCACUCCAGAAGAGUCAGGCUAACACACAGUUAAGAUCUUGUUAUUACAGUGUGGAAAUCGGGUCAUUCAUAUUCUUCCUGUAUCUGGACAAUCAUGUAAGUUAAAGUUUUUCUCUCAGUGUUACCUAGGGAAAUAAACGAUCUCUCCAUUUGCAUAAAGGAUAUUGAGAUGGUAGAUUAAUUUUGUACAAUUUGCAGAGGAUCACUAGACCAGUUCAAGAUAGCCCAACAGCUUGUUUUAGUUCAAUAUCAUUGUU